CGUCCAUGUCAAUUUGCCAUCAAGUUGGGUUCACCACCUAGUUUAUCUUUUCCCACCAUUCUUUCCAAUAGCCUCUUGUUCAACAUAUCGCCUUCGUCUACCGGAACUAUUUGUCUGGGUCUUGAUUGGCUCAGUCAUGCCUACGACCAACCGUCGUCCACUAAGUACACGCACUCUGCCACUUCAAGACUUCCGUUCAGCUUCAUUGUUGGCUAAACGUCCUCGAUCACCGGAUCAUGCAGGAGAAACGCCUGAAACCGUCAAGCGGGUGAGAGCUGCUCCAGCAGAAGCCACCCACGGCGAGGACCGCAAGGAUAAGGAGCGAAGGCGCGUGGAACGAGAGGCUCAGAAAGCCGAGUUUCGUCUCAAGUACACUCGCGCAUUUCCAGGAUGGGUCUUCUACUUCGACCUAGAUCUAUUGGACCCUGAGAGUGCUGCCCUGCGAGAUUCAUUAGCGGCGCGGGUGAUGCACCUCAAAUCACAAGUAGAUGACUUUUUCUCCAACGAGAUCACACAUCUUAUCACCAAUCAACCCGUCACUCCGAUCGACCCUACUGCAAACAAGGAGAAUAGACUGCAAGGCUUCGCCGCGCGGGCUGGCUCGUUGAAAAGCCCAAUUAAGCUCCGUGGACGUACUACCGAGGAUGCCACCUCGCAGAGCUUCAAUCUUGUGGAGAAGGCGAAGGCCUUUAACAUGAAAAUAUGGAGCCCAGCGAAACUUGACAGCAUUCUGGAACGAUGCGAUGUCCCAGCUUUUGCUUUUUGCUCUACGAAACCUCCUGCACAAACCACAUCCCUUGCCCCUGCUUCAAACAAGCGGUCGCUAUCUAGUCUACUUCAAACCGAACGCCUCCAUGGUACCACUACCGAACGUGACCCGACGCAAAAGCGACAUGAUUAUCGUUAUUUUUCAAAGCAGAGUUAUUUCGUGCUUAUAGAGGACGUGCGACAGGAGUUGGCAACAAUUCACGCUCUAGAAUAUCCUAUACAAAGGGGCUGCGACGGGAAGGAGCAACCCGCGUAUCCUGUUCUAUACUGUGAUCCAAGGUCCAGAGGGCCUUUUGUGAAAUUUGAUGAAAGGGAAAGGAGGCGUUGGGAGAAGGCACAGAAGGCGGAGAGGGAGAAUGAGAACGAACGCGCGGAGAAGGUGGCUAGGGCACUGAAGCGGAAAAGGCAAGCGGAAGUCCAGAUGCUCUCGCGCAAAACCGGAGACCUCCGCCGUUCAGUGUCGAUGAAUAAUUUGCACCGUCAGGCUGUUGAUGCAACUAUGGAAGAGUAUGUUGACCUUGAUGGUGACUACGCAGAUGGGGAUACAAGAGAGUCAGCGACCGCCUCAGGCUACCUUGCUUCGACAGGUGUUGGAUCAUAUGUAGCAGCAUCCGGGAACAGCGUCGGCAUUACAUCCACGAGAGGUACAACAUCCAACGCGAGCGGUGCUUUUAGGACGCUGGAACUACCUGCCUCUCUUCGGUGCAGGAUUCAGCAACAAGUCGUGACAUCCCGAAAAGCCCCGAAUACAACCCACACUCUCGGCCGAAAAGCAGGAGGCAUGGGUCCACCCCUUACGAUUCCAGAUCGCCCGAAUGGGCCGCUCAGGAAAAGUAGGAGUACAAAUACCCUUCGAUUACCAAAGCGCGACGAAGGGAGCAAACCCGGUUAUUGUGAAAGUUGUCGCGUCAAGUUCGAUGAUUUCGACACGCAUACGCAGGAGCGGAGGCAUCGCAAGUUUGCCUUGGACAAUGCAAACUACGUUCAACUUGAUUCCGUUCUAAAUCGCGUUCGACGCCGUACCCGUGAAGAAGCCGAAGAAGAACGCACGUGGUCCGAAUGCGGGUAUAACGGCUUGUCGCGAAGUUCUGAGGUACCUGAGACAUUGCAGUGCUCACAGCCAUCGCAAGACGAUGACGAGUCUAUGUGGGAUGAGGAAGAUGCUGAGGGGGAAGUGGAUCUGGAUUUGUGAGUGACAGUGGAUCAACAGUCUUCGGUUCUUUCCAAGAUUGUUUUCUUUGCGUUUGGCUUUACUUCAUUGAUUUGUGUCACACCUCAUACAGCACUUGUACCAUAACUCUAGCAUCUUAACUUGUCAAUGCUCGAUAAUGAGACGAGCAAUGAAUCAUGAUUACACGAAUA